CAAAGAAUAUUUAAUACACCUCAUUACAUCGAUAGUUAUGCCGGGAUUAGAAGAAAGUUUUUGGUUUCACUCAAGUCCUUCCGCGCAAGGCCCAAUGUCCGAUGGGGUCGCCUCCGAGCAAGUGAAAAAAUUCUUUUUCACAUCUCGUCGGAACCUGGAACUUGAUCAGGACGACGAAUCACUUGAGAUUUACAUACCCGAGGUGAGCAAUACGACUUUCAUCAUUUACCAUCUCCGGAAAUCGCCCAUUUUAUGUUCCAACAAACUGCUACCGGUAUUACGCGUUUUGCUCCUGCAGGCAAGCUACAGCUUCUACACUUGGCCGUCAGCUCCAGUUCUGGCGUGGUUUUUGUGGGAACACCGUGGAGAUUUGGUUGGGAAGAGAGUGUUGGAGCUUGGUUCUGGUACAGCGCUUCCUGGAAUAGUGGCGAGCAAGUGUGGCGCUCUGGUAACACUCAGCGAUUCUGCAAGUCUACCGAAGAGUUUGCAGCACAUAAAGCGUAGUUGUGAGCUGAACGGUGUUUUGUCGCAAGUCAAAGUAGUUGGAGUAACUUGGGGCCUCUUCUUGUCUGGAUUGUUUUCAAUCGGUCCUCUAGACUUGAUCCUAGGAUCAGAUUGCUUUUACGAACCCACUGUCUUCGAAGACAUCGUUGUAACUGUCGCCUUUCUAUUAGAGAGAAACUCAAACGCAAGAUUCUUGUGCACAUAUCAAGAGCGUAGUGCUGACUGGUCCAUUGAACACUUACUCAAUAAGUGGGGGUUGACCUGUACACAUAUUCCUCUUGCUGGGCUCGGCGCUAACUCGGGCAUAAAUAUACAGGAGUUGAUGCAAGAUCAUACAAUUCAUUUACUCGACAUCAGGCGAGCUUCGUAG